AGGCGGCGAUGGCGGAGGCGGAGCGGGCGCCGCCAGCCCCGCCGCUACAGCCCGUGGCGGAAAGUUCCCGGGACGGGGUCGUGGCGGAGCCGCCCCCCGCCAUGGAGCGGCGGGCAGAGCCCAGACCCGCGGCGGCGGCGGGCGAGGAGGCGGCAGCAGCGGCAGAAGACGGAGAGGAGGAGGAGGAGGCGCCCCCUGCCUCGCCGCCUUUCUUCCUCCUCUACCCCGGCCAUGGAGGCGCCGCCGCCGCGCCGCCGAGCGUGUGGAGACCCCCGGCGCCCCGCAGCGGGGCCGCCCUGCCCGUGCUGCUGCUGAGCUACACGGGGCCGGACGCAGCCGGCGGCACCGGCGCCCAUCCUAACUAUCUCAUGGCUAAUGAACGCAUGAACCUGAUGAACAUGGCAAAACUGAGUAUAAAGGGGUUGAUUGAAUCGGCACUUAAUCUAGGCAGAACACUGGACUCUGACUAUGCACCUCUUCAGCAAUUCUUCGUUGUGAUGGAGCAUUGCCUUAAACAUGGCUUAAAAGCAAAAAAGACUUUUCUUGGGCAAAAUAAGUCAUUUUGGGGACCACUGGAACUGGUAGAAAAGCUUGUUCCUGAAGCUGCAGAGAUCACAGCAAGUGUUAAGGAUCUCCCAGGGCUGAAGACACCUGUUGGUAGAGGAAGAGCUUGGCUUCGCCUGGCUCUAAUGCAGAAGAAGCUUUCAGAAUAUAUGAAAGCCUUGAUUAACAGAAAGGAUCUUCUCAGUGAAUUUUAUGAGCCUAAUGCACUCAUGAUGGAAGAGGAAGGUGCUAUCAUUGCUGGCCUCCUAGUAGGGUUGAAUGUCAUUGAUGCAAACUUCUGUAUGAAAGGCGAAGAUCUGGAUUCACAGGUUGGAGUUAUUGACUUUUCAAUGUAUUUAAAAGAUGGAAACAGCACAAAAGGCAACGAGGGAGAUGGUCAGAUAACUGCUAUUUUGGACCAGAAGAACUAUGUAGAAGAACUCAAUAGACACUUAAGUGCUACAGUAAACAACCUACAGGCAAAAGUGGAUGCCUUGGAAAAAUCUAACACUAAACUGACUGAGGAGCUUGCUGUGGCGAACAACAGGAUUAUUACACUGCAGGAAGAAAUGGAACGGGUUAAGGAAGAAAGUUCUUACAUCUUGGAGUCCAAUCGUAAGGUUACUAAAGACAGAACUGCAGAUGGACAAGCACUUACUGAGGCACGAAAACAAUUAAAGGAGGAGACUCAGCUGCGGCUGGAUGUGGAGAAAGAACUGGAGGUGCAGAUUGGGAUGAGGCAGGAGAUGGAGUUAGCCAUGAAGAUGCUGGAGAAGGAUGUUUGCGAGAAGCAAGAUGCGCUGGUGGCACUCAGACAGCAACUGGAUGAUCUCAGGGCUCUAAAGCACGAACUGUCUUUUAAGCUGCAGAGUUCAGACAUGGGAGCGAAACAGAAGAGUGAGUUAAAUAGCCGUUUGGAAGAAAAAACAAAUCAGAUGGCAGCUACCAUCAAACAGCUUGAACAAAGAUUGCGACAGGCAGAGAAGGACCGUCAGUUGGCUGAGCAUGACAACCGUCUCUUCAAGCAGGAGUUUGGGGACAAAAUCAACAGUCUGCAGCUAGAAGUGGAAGAGCUCUCCAGGCAACGGAACCAGCUUGAACUAGAACUGAAGCGGGAAAGAGACAGAUGGUCACACAGUCACCAAAGUAGCCAGGAAAAAAAAGACUGGAAGAAUUGGUCAAGAGCGGAUGGGAAGCUCAAGAUCCAGGAAGAAAAUGCUAAACAGAAACAGCUGCCAAGAGAGGAAAACAGUGUCCUGCCACACAAGUUACAGAGCGGCUCGCAGGAAGAGCAGGAGCAGCUGUCAGCACCUGGAAAUGCCCAGCUCUGCCAACUCUGCCAGGAAGAAAGCAGCCGAAGCAAAAAAAAGAAUGUCUGCAAGAACUGUGGCGGUAUCUUCUGUGAAGCUUGUUCAGCCAAUGAACUGCCCCUCCCGUCUAGCAUCAACCCCGAGCGUGUCUGCAACCCCUGUCACGAGCAGCUCAUCCAGCAGUAUUCGACCAGCCCCUUGUAGGAUGCCCCUUGCACACGGUGGUGACCAAACAAUUGCUGUAGCUGUUGUUCAUCUCUGAAGUGUUAACGGGGAGUCUGAGGAGAAGAAACGGGCCUGUGUUCAGUGGAGGUCAGAGCAGGAGGCUGCUUUAUAGUGUUUACAGUCUCCUGUGACUAAAAACGAACAGUCUGAGCUUUCCUAGUUGAAAAUUCUACCUGCUCUCUCACCUCAGCUUAUGCUGGGGAGAUCUGCUUUGGGAGUUUGACAUGAAGUAGCCCUAGAGCAUGCCCUGGCCGCUUCAGGAAGCAGUGAGACCAGGCAGCCCCAGAGUCGAGUGCGCGCAUGCCUGUGUCUGCGCGUACAAGUCAGGCAAGUUCUCGUCCCCAGUUGUAUUGCUUAAAGGCACUCAGCAGUUAAGGUUCACUGGAAGCAAAAUGGGAGCACUUUUUUAAUCCUCGUGUGUGGCUGCUCUUGAAAUACUAUUUCCCUUUUUCCUGCUGCCUUUGAGUGGCUCAGCCGUGCUACUUCAGCACCAGGUCUAAGAAGCCUAAUAAUAUGCCAACAAACGUUUUCCACCUUAAGUUUAGUUCAGACCUCUGACCACGGGCUUGCUAUGCACACUGGUAUCAAAAAAACAAAACAAAACCCAAACCCCCUGGAAGGUCUUCUGCAUUUUAGAGAUUUGGGGAAGUGGUGGUUAGGGUCUUUUUUGAGGCAUGCAUGAUGUGGUAACAGACCUGCACUGAUCUGAUCAUCACAGCAGGCAUGGAAGUGCCUUGAAAACACCUCUGACCUUCUAUCAUAGACAUUCACUGUGACUUGAUGACCACAAAAUGGUGGUCAGGCCAAAGGGUUGCAACUGGACUUUCCAUCUUGAUGUAGUAACUGGAGGAAUUUGAUUUCUAAGUACUUAGAUGCAUGAUACUGAGCACUAACUACACAGAAUGCUUAGGGCACCUCAUGUCUGGGCACCUCUCCCCCUUGUCAUGUGAGAAAGUGGUUAUGAUAUAUCUGAUAUUUCACUGUAUUUUGUUAAAUUAAGAUGAAGCUGGGAUGAAGUCUGAAUGCUUUUCACCUACUAGAAAUUCUAAUCUCGAGCACAGUUUAAAGAGGUAUUACAGUUUGUACUACAUCAUGGUUUGUUGCUGUUAUCUCAAGGAAUUGUGUUUUACUCCAAAAACUGGCAGCUUCCUCAUAAAGCACACAGCAGAUCAGAGCUUAUUUGCUCUGAUUUAUACUGGAAGCCUGCUUCAGUAUUUAAGAGCAUAGAAUGUUUUGUAAUCCAUAGAAAACUGAUUUAUUUAUAUAUCUGGCAGUUAGAUUCAUUUGGUGUUGUACAAAUAUUAGUGGACACUGGUUUUAUCUCUCAAAAUGGAUUUUCUAGUCAUUAGACUGGCUGGAGCCACAUUAAAAAGCAUGUCAGAGCUGAGGAUACUGUAGGUAUGCUGGACUUUGGCACCAGGAGCUAGUUUCUUCUAGUUCCCUGCUGGACUUGGCAUUUUCAGCCAUACAAGUUCUCUUCCUCCUCUUAGAGCCCUUUAGAGAGGGAGCAUUUCACAGGGGGAACUUGCAAUUGUUUUCCAUGUUCUGCUCUUUCUUCCUCUCAUGGUGGUACUUACCGUCUAGACUUCCUUGCUGCUGACUCUUUAAAGUAGACUAGGAACAGUAAACAGAUUUAAAAUCUAAAAAGCCUGGAGUUCAAGUGCAGGCAAACACUGCUUUGGAGGGUGUGAUACCAUAGAUGAAUGGAGAAGAUGCUGAAUUUACUGGUAACAAGUGUUAAUUGUGUGUACAUAUUGUACACAUUUAUGGGGAUUUUAAAUUCCUGUGUCCAUAAGCCAAUGUGACUUCUCUCCCAAAGAAAUUCCGACUCAAGCAAUUUCAGUGUUGGAAGAUGAAACUGGAAACGUGGCGCUUACAGUAGAUAAUUUUAAUGUUGGUAUGUGCAUGCAGUUUUGCAACUUUGAUGCAACAGCUUAUUAGUGACCUGGUGCUGCUUCUGACUGUCCCUAAAGGAGCAACUGCUGCUCUGCUUGCUUCUGCUUGCUUGAGGUGAAGGCCAUGGCUGUCUCCGUUUAACACAGCAGGACAGUUCCUUAGCAGGUCCUUUCAGGUGGCGUGAGAUCUCUCUGAAGGAGCAGCCGUUCUGGGAGGUGCCUGACGAUCCUUCACAAUACAGCCCUGGCUGCUGUAAUAGCAAUUGAUGUUUAGAAAGGUCAGAGCGGGAUGUGUGUAUGCUGCCACCUGCCUGUGUCAGCACUUGCCUCCUUCCUGUUACAGAAGGUGUCAUGAACAUCUCAGAAUUUUUAAGUAAGUACUGGACACUAUGCUUUGUGAUGCCGCAAAUGUUCAAGGCAUGUUUGCUCAGGUACUGCUUGUAGUGCUAGAUUUUGGAGUCGCGCCUGGAAGGCUUGGACGGGGGAGAGCGGAAGGCAGUUUUCUUUAUGUUAAUUUUGUUCCAUGCAUAAUAAAUUUUCUCAUCUGUAUCUUGCAUCCUGGGCAAUCCUUCCUUUCUGCUGUGGCUAUAUUCUUAUAUAGUAUUUCAAACCCGUCACAGAUGCACAAAUGCUUACCCAGCAUGAGAGAAGCGUGGUAAGGAGGACGAGGUAGUAGCUAUAAAACACAGUGCAUGCUGACUUCUGUGCACUGGGAUCUUAAGUCACUGGUUUAGGUUUUAUUGCCAAUUCCGCUUCAUUUGUGGUAACUUGUCCUGCUUGCAAGUACCUAUCCACUUCCAAAACACGUUACUGCGAGUGGACUUCAUUCCUCCUGCCGCAGGAACACACCAGUGAGCGAGCAGCCACAGACGUCGUCUGUGCAAGGGCCGCUGACUCACGGAACUGGGCUCCUGUCCAGCUGAGAUCCUAGCAAUAGCCUCUAGCCACCAGGAGUUAGGGCAGCGCAGGCAACAAUGAGACUCUCACGGGGGAGGCAGCGCUUUGCAAGACAGGGGGUAUCUUGUAGAUUUGAGAACAGUCAGACACAACUGCAGUGCCUGAAUGUCUGGUUCCCUUUCAGAAAAGGCAUUUUACUCUAGUAAUUCUGCUUGAAGAUCCUCUCAGGUCAGAGUUGAGCUGUUGCCUUCCAGGGCACAGCACCUGCUGGUUCAGCUCAAGAUCAGAACUGCCUCUAUCCUACAGCAUUCACUGUUACUUUUCCUACUUUUCAAGCACAAUUUAGGCAGAGUAUGUCAAGGCAAUUUAUUACAUGCUUUUACACAAAUCCAGACUAAAUUAUUUUAUACAGUUUAUCCUUGCCACUGAGCAGCAACACCUGUGCUUCCAUCUUUAUGAUGAUAACCACAGAAUGUGUUGGCUUCAGCCUAAAAAGAAAGGAGAAGAAAAAGCCUUUUUACUACCUCAUUGCAAUUAUUUAUUACUUGGCUUUUUUAAAUAUUGCAUUUUAAUGUAGACAGUUAUCUCCAAUAACAGAAUUGUAUAAGUUGGCAAUAUUAAAAGAUCUUACCAGGAAAGGUAAGAUGGUAUAAACAGGCUGCAAUAGAUCAGACAUUUUCUUACGGGGUGGAAGGGAGGAAGGUUAAUUCUGUUGGGCCUGAGUCCCAGCACACAGCUCAGCAGCAGUCCGGUACUCAGUCCUACAAACACUCCCCCUCGAGGUAAGUGUGCUUAAGGAGGGGCGUGCUGAAUCUUUGCCCCAAGGGCUUAUCCCCAGCCUGGGUUAAAAAGCCAGCGCUGCCCUGCCAGGUCCCCAAGCUCCGCAGUGGCAGUGGCAUGAGCUGGCCCUCCCCACCAUGGCUAGGGCAGCCCAGGGGGCUGGGAGUGUCUUUCCUGUAGCCUCCUCUCCCUCCCCUUUCAGAAAGGAAUUCAUGGAAGCUUUAGAAGUUGGCCAGAGACUUGGAUAAACGUCACGAGAGACCUUAUUCCCACUGUGUAUGUGGGGUGUCACAGCCUUAGCUUUAGGAAACCAUUCCGUGACACCAGGAAGGGCCAUCUCCUGUUUGCAGUAGGGACAGCUGCCUGGUAAGUCACCCAGACUUAACAGCAGUGCGAACUUUCCUGCUGCACUGUGCCUGCCUUGGCUCGGGAGCAGCAUCCCUCACUCAGCUGCAAUAUAGCCUGUGGUUUUUUUCCACGUAAACCUGAGAGGUACACAGGCCCUGUGCAGACAAAAAAAAAAAGGGGGGGGGGGAAGCUGUAGUAGGACAGUUUUUAACACUGUGACACACACUACAAUCUAUCUGCACUGAGUAAAGGUCUUCUAUCACACUUGCAUGAUUUAGAAACAUGCAUUCUAAUUUUUUUAGAUUAAAAAAAAAAUGGAGCGUGCUACAGCUGGCUACACUUGCCCAAAACUGUAAGCAAUGUUUCUCCCCACGUGAAAGACUUAAGUACUAUCAAAUAUAAGGCUGUGAAAAACACUUAAUCACUCUUCAACUUCUAUACAGGGAAUAUGUUAGAACUUAACCACUCUCGUGGUUCUGUUUUUUUUUUUUUUUUUUUUUUUAAGAAGGAAAAAAAACAACAAUAAAAAAGACUUUUGUACAUUCCAGGAUUUCUCAGCUGUGAAAGGUUAAGUUUCUGUGUAGCUCUGCAAAGUCUGGGCUAGCACAGCUUGGCCAGCUCUGCCUGUAACCUCAGAAAUGAGCUCCUACCCCCUUAGCCACAAGAAUUUAUUGUUGUGAAAUCUGGAUUCUUGGGUCAGAGGGUUUAGGCCUGAUGCCUGACCGCUGGUGAGCAGUGAUGAUCAGCUUCAGUCACUUAUGUUAAAUUACAGCCUUAAAGCUACUUGAAAUCCAUCAAAUAUCAGAAAUACCAGGCAUAAGACAGACACAUGCUUCUAAAAAGAAAGGGAUCAACUUACCAAAUCUGCUGCUGUCCCACUGUCACUAGCAAUCUUGUUUGACCUUUGCAUGUUCUUUCAGGAACAACUCAAUGGAGCUGCACUCUGGGGAACAAUUUAGAGAGGUCAGUUUGUGUUCAGUUACUCACAUGUAUUACAUUCUCCUCUCUUUUUCCAGAAAGCCAGUUUAACAUCACAGAGCAACUUGAAAUUCCAGAUUUAAAAUGCUCCUGUUGAGCAAUGUGUUAGCAGUAGCCAGGUGGGCCGUGCCCAAGCACCUGAGGACCUAAGGCUUAUAGUUACAACGCUCUCUUCCUUUUCACUUACGUGCAUGUGACACCUCCUUGGCCAUUGCAGCAACUGCCUCCUCGUGGCUCUCAAAAUGUACGUCUGCUUCUCCUGUGGCUUCUCCAUGGGAGUUGUAUUCUACCAUGACCCUCGUGGGCUUCAGGGGAGCGAAAAACUGAAAAGGAGAAAGGGGAGAAAAACAGUAGAGGGGAGUAGUCAAAACACGAUGAGUUGGGUGAGCAGAGUCUCCCUGGAUAAAACAACAGAAACAGCAGCCUCCAACUCCCUGGACUUCCACGGGAAGGAAAACUGGUAACUUACCCCAAGAAAAACUUGAUGAAUACAUAAUUUUUUUUUAAACUACCAAAGUGAGUGGAGCUGCAGUGGUCUGAGCUCAUUAGCUCCUUGUGCGCUAAGCACUCGAGUACCUACACCCAUCACUCCCUCCACCCCCCCGAGCCUGGGUGAAGCUGAUGCGUGUGUGAGUGUGCUGUCCCACACUGUGCAGCAUCCCGCCCCCUGUGCGCGUGAGCUCCAGACGCUGCUUUUUUUGACAGGAGCAAAAGUCUUCACACAGCACUCAAAUUCUGUGCAAUAACCAAAGUCCAAACUGAAUGCAUGUACCUUCAUUCUGUGACUCUGUAUACUAUUAAAACCAAGCGGAACUGGUAAUAAAAAGAUUGUGAAAUUUA